AUGGAUAAUUUCCUUCCUAAUAGUCAGAGGCAGAGGUAUGCAACGCAGUUUGAGAGGUUGGUACAAACUCCAGAUAUGGAUGUGGCAACUUAUAACGCCAAAUUCUAUAAGCUCGCUAGAUAUGCUCCUUUGUUAGUACCUACUGAAGCAGAAAGAGUUCAGAGGUUCGUGCAUGGGUUGGUUAGUCGUCUAUUCAAUGCCCUAGCCCCAAAUAUGAGUACCAUGACUUAUUUAGAAGCAGUUGAUCUAGCUAGAAAGAUUGAAGAUAAGGGUCGAGAGGAGCAUGCAGCCUAUGAUGUACGUAAGAAGGCCAAGAUAGAGGGAUCUUACAGCGGCGACUUGGGUGCAAAUCACAAAAUAGGGAAUCAGGGAAGACAACAACAGGGCUCUCAGACAGGGAUGGAUACACUUUCACAGUCCACAUAUAAGCAACAUCACAUACAGGGUAUUCAAGGACGAUCAUCAACACAGGGAUAUCGUAAUUCUGGGCAAAUGUAUGCCACUGCUCCAUGCUGCCAAACUUGUGGUAAAUCACAUGUAGGCCAGUGUUGUGUUGUCAUCGGAGGCUGCUUUUGGUGUGGUCAGUUGGGGCAUCGCAUUAGGGAAUGGCCUCUACCUCUGAGAAACCCCACACAGACUUCUGCUCAGAUAGUUGCACCUACUCAGACCACUCAUAAUGGUUCAGGUAUUGCUGGACAAGGGAAUGCUGGUAGAAGUCAGUCAAGAGUUUUUGCACUUACUAGACAGGAUGUUCACGCCUCAAAUGCGGUGGUUACAGGUAUUCUUUCAGUUUGUUCCUUUGAUGCACAUGCUUUGAUUGAUCCAGGAUCUACCCACUCAUAUGUGUCCUCAUACUUUACUUUGAGAUUUCAUAGACAACUAGAGAUGUUGAAUCAUCUAUUUCUUGUUUCUACUCCUGUGGGGGAUUCCUUGUUAGUUGAAUAUGAGUAUCGUGAUUGUCAGAUAAGAGUUGAGGGUAGGGAUACUCUAGCUAACCUAAUUGUACUUGAUAUGAUUGAUUUUGAUGUGUUGAUGGGCAUGGAUUGGUUAUCUCCUUGCUAUGAUACUGUUGAUUGUCAUGCAAAGAUAGUCAAAUUUGAAAUACCUGAUGAGCCUAUAUUUUUAUUAAAAGGGGGUCAAGUCCGCGAGGUUGGAAAAAUCAUAUCCCUUAUGAAGGCUCGAAGGUUACUACAGAAAGGUUGUAUGGGUCUCUUAGCUAUGAUAAGGGAUACAAUAGAAGGAACACUUAGCUUGGAGAAGAUACCCAUGGUGAAUGAAUUUUCUGAUGUAUUUCCCAAGGAUUUGCCAGGAUUACCUCUUGUACGAGAGAUAGACUUCGGUAUUGAUUUGGCUCCUGAUACAUUGCCAAUAUCCAUACCCCAUACCGGCGCACCAGUAUUAUUCGUAAAGAAGAAAGAUGGGUCUCUAAGAAUAUGCAUCGACUACAGACAGUUGAACAAGGUUACGAUACGUAAUAAGUAUCCUUUACCUCGUAUAGAGGACCUAUUUGAUCAAUUACAGGGAGCUGUCCACUUUUCAAAGAUUGAUCUUAGAUCUGGUUAUCAUCAACUCAGAAUCAGGGAGGAAGAUGUUUCCAAGAUAGCAUUCAGAACUCGAUAUGGACACUAUGAGUUCCUUGUGAUGCCUUUUGGAUUAACCAAUGCGCCGACUGCAUUCAUGGAUUUAAUGAAUAAAGUGUUCCGACAGUUUCUAGAUAGGUUUGUGAUAGUUUUUAUUGAUGAUAUCUUGGUAUACUCUUGUUGCCAGGAAGAACAUGAGAAUCAUCUAAACACAGUGUUACAGACUUUGCGAGAGCAUAAGCUUUAUGCUAAGUUCUCAAAGUGUGAAUUUUGGCUAGACUCAAUAGCAUUUUUGGGGCAUGUGGUGUCGAAAGAUGGGAUCAAGGUGGAUUCCAAUAAGACAGAAGUUGUGCAAAAAUGGCCCAGACCUACUUCGCCUACAGAAAUUCGAAGCUUUUUGGGUUUGGCAAAUUACUACAGGCAUUUUGUGCAGGAUUUCUCCAAAAUAGCAUCUCCAUUGACUAAGUUGACACAAAAAGAUGCUAAAUUUCAAUGGACAGAAGAAUGUGAGCAAAGCUUCCAGAAACUUAAAAUGUGUUUGACAAGAGCACCUAUAUUGUCCUUACCAUCGGGUUUUGGAGGUUUUGCGAGAGACCUGAAUCUUCGACAACGACGAUGGAUGGACCUACUCAAGGAUUAUGAUUAUGGUAUUUUGUAUCAUCCUGGAAAAGCUAAUGUUGUGGCGGAUGCAUUGAGUAGAAAAUCUAUGGGUAGUUUAGCACAUAUAGUUCCCGAAAAGAGGCAGUUGGCAAAAGAUGUGCAGAAACUUGAAGGCACAGGUAUUAGAUUUAGUGUGGGAAAUCCAAAGAUAUUGCCAGCUUGUGUGCAAGCCAAAUCUUCAUUAGUAGAGCGCAUUAAAACUACUCAAUAUAAGGAUGAACUGCUUUGCAGAUAUCGAGAUGAGGUCACAACUGGUAAAAGUGAGUAG